GCCUGCGCUGUUGCUGUGGGAACGACCGGCGGGGCGGGGACCCUGACGGUGACCCUGGGCCGCGGUGCGGGCCGCGACCUCCGACGCCGUCCCGCGAGCCGGCCCGGCAGUUUCCCGCCGCCGCCUCCAGGUACUUGGGGUUCGGCCCUUCGGCGCGGGAAUUCGCUUUACAGUCACGUCGCCGGGACUACGGCUGCGGCCUCUCCCUGCAGCGCCAGCCUCCGCCGGCCCCAAAGUCGAAGUCCGUGCUGCUCCGUGCGCUGCGCUCGGGUGGGAGCAGCCCCUUCGCGGCGGCCUAAGAGCCUCCCGUGCAGAAGAUGCACGUUCCGUAUCUUCUCUGAAGGGCAAGCAGGAAGUCAUUAUGUGACUAACACAUUUUCAUCAGAUUUCCUCUGAUUUACCCUGAAGUGUAUGUGAGAAUGAUGUGCACUGCCAAGAAAUGUGGAAUUAGGUUCCAGCCUCCAGCUAUUAUCUUAAUCUAUGAGAAUGAAAUGAAGGAGAAAAGUCGCCAACGCAUCAUGCCAGUCCGAAACUUUUCAAAGUUUUCAGAUUGCAGCAGAGCUGCUGAACAAUUGAAGAAUAAUCCACGACACAAGAAUUACCUGGAACAAGUGCCCCUGAGGCAGCUAGAGAAGUUAUUCAGUUUUUUACGAGGUUACUUAUGGGGGCAAAGUUUGGCAGAAACAAUGGAACAAUUUAAACGGGAAACAACAAUUGAUCCUGAGGAAGACCUGAACAAACUAGAUGAUAAGGAACUUGCUAAAAGAAAGAGCAUCAUGGAUGAACUUUUUGAGAAAAAUCAGAAGAAGAAGGAUGAUCCGAAUUUCGUUUAUGACAUCGAAGUUGAGUUCCCACAGGAUGAACAACUGCAGUCAUGUGGCUGGGACACAGAGUCAGCUGACGAGUUCUGAUAUCAAGAACUCAAAGAAUUUAUUGAGCUAGCAGAAAAUCCAUGUUUAUACAAAAAAAAUGUAUCAACAUGGUUCUAGAAAAAUAUGUAAAGAACACUAAAUGUAUAUGUUGGGUCAAGUUUGGAUUGACCAUGUUACUUUACAAAACCAGGACAUGUAGAGUAUCUACUAUGUAGAUGCAUGAGGAAUAUAUGAAACCUAGACUAUAGGAACCUUUAAGGAGCUUACAAUCUAAUUGGAAGAUAACUCAAAAACUUGUGAAAAACUAAUUUAACAGAAUUAGGCAGCAAAAAGAGCCAAAUGCUUGAUAAAAGUUAAAGAGGGUCAGAACCUAGAUUACCAUAGGGUAGAACAGUCAAGGAAGACUUUGUCCUAAAGUAGAGAGAGAGGGGACUUUGGCUGGCCCUUGUAAUGGUAGUGUUUGGUUAGAAGUUUCUAUAGAAUUCCAGAUGAGAGAAACUGGGAGGAAAAAAAGGGGCGGGGAAAUGGGGUGGAGAGGGAGGAUAGUGGUAAACAGAUAGGGAUUAGAACAUUUUAUUUGAGGAACAGUAAGCAAAUUAUACUUUGGUGAGAUCGGAGGGCAUAUAUGGUUACCAGGCGGUUAUCCUCUAGGCUUUAUGUCUGUAUGUGUAUUUAAGACUGUUUUCCGUGUUCUUAACUUUGGAGGAGAAGAGUAGCCCUACAGAAUGCCCUGCAGCUGCAAGGGGAUGUCAUUUGAUAGACAGCAGGGGAAUUCUGCUGCUCCAGGAUCAGGAAGCCUGUACUAAAAGGCAUGCUAAAACCCUGAAAGCUCUUCCCAUAAAUAAAGAGGUUUGUUUGUAAAAAGGGAAAUCUAGCCAUGAUGAAUGAAUAAUAGGCAUUUGCCAGCUUAGGCCUAUUCGUGAGUUUCGAUCCAGAAAGAGAAGAUCUUUGUUGAGCCAGGUUAUAUGCAUACAGAUACAUCUUUCUUCUUAUUACAGUAUUAUGUAAUUGGCAGAUAUUCUUUGUUUUCUGGGAGGAGAUUAAUACUCAUUACAGAAACCUGUAAAAACUGGUCACAAUUUUACCUAUCCAUCCCUUCUCUCUUUACCAUUAAAAGCCCCGUUAAAGGGAUCAUUCAUUUUAUUUUAUUUUAUUUUAUUUAUUGAUUCAUGAAAGUCAGAGAGAGAGGGAGAGGCAGAGACACAGGCAGAGGGAGAAGCAGGCUCCCUGCAGGGAGCCCGAAGUAGGACUCAAUCCCGGGUCUCCGGAUCAGGCCCUGGGCCGAAGACAGGCGCUAAACCACUGAGCCCCCCGGGCUGCCCUAAAGGGAUCAUUCUUAACAGUGGUAUCAACAGGGGCUUAAGUUGGUCAUGUGCCAUAUGUAUAUUUGCCAAAGGUAGCAAAAACAUUUUUAGAAUCAGAGAUUCUUCUGUAUGUACAUAGUAUUCCAUUGUAUAGAUGUAGAUGAUAUAUUUUAAAAGUUGACCUUAGGUUGUAUUUCCUUUCACUAUUACAAAAAAUGCUGCAUAAAUAACCAUUCUCUAUUUUGUGCAUUUGUAAAACGGUAAGUAAUGCCUAGAGGGGAAUUGCUGGGUAUGUCUAGUCUAAAUUUUGAUAUUGAUAAGUUGUUCUUCAAAAAGGUUCAUUCAUUCAUUCAUUCAUUCAUUCAGUGUAUGUACUUAAUGAAUACCUAUUACAUGCUGAGCCUGUGCUGUUCUGGAGUCUGGGUAUGCAGCAGUACACACAACAAAGUACUUGUCUUUACAAUGUUACAGUCUAGUGGGAGAGGAGAGACAAUAAACAUAAAUGCAUAGAAUAAUGUCACAUGAUAAGUGCUUGGAAUUCAAAGCAUGGUAAAAAGAGAAUGAUGGAGGGGUUGGGAGCCACUUUUUUUGAUAGUAAUCAGAGAAUGCCUCACUGUUAGAGGUGACACUUGAGUAAAAACCUGAAGGAGGUGAGGAAAAGUUGAUGUGCAUUUCAUGAAUAGUAGAGAAAGGUAGGUGCAUAGGCCCCCAGGGCUGAAGUGUGUUGGCUUACUUGAGGAAGAACAAGGACACAAAUGUGGCUAAUAUAGACUGAGCAAGAGAAAAAUGGUAAGGAGAUGACACUGGAGUGUAUUUUACCAAUCAAUUUUACCAACCUUCUAUGAAGGUUGUACCACUUAAACUAUCAGCAAUACAGGAAGGUACUUGUUUUCCCCACAUGCUCAUCAACAGAUAGUACUAUCAAACUUGUUGAUCUUUGCCAAUUUUAUAAUUUAAAAAAGGUAUCGCAUAGUUUUAUUUUGCAUUUCUUUUAUUAUGAGUGAGAUUCAGCAUUUUCAUACACUAAAGACAAUUUUUUAAAUAUAUCUACAUCAUUUGCUCA